AUGUUCCACACUGCCUUCUUGGCGGCCUCCAAGAGACACUUGCGGUUUCGGUGCUCCCAAUGCACGCGCCUCCUCCCAUCGGAGCACUUCCCCAAGAGGAACGGUCCGCUCAACACUAUGGUCUGCGUGGAAUGCAAGGAGAUGUGCUUUGGCUGUGGCGUGCGACAGCCGCGCAGCAGUUUUAGCGACACAAACUCGAACAUGUGCGACCGAUGCUUGGCGAAGCAGCAGGUGGCAAAGGAAAAUGUCUACUUUCGCUACCCGAUACUGAAGUACCGCGCCUGCCCAUUCAGCGUGGAUGAGGCGCGUGACGAGCUUCGCAAAGAGGAGCAGCAGCAGCAGCAGCGUCAGCAGCACAUGCCUCGAUAA